AAAUGUGUGUUGGUUUUUUUUCAACUUUUAUUCCCGGAAGUACUACCAACCUCCUGACGUUAUAUCAACAUGGGGUAGUUCAGGUUUAGCUAAUCUCUACCUCGGCAGUCAGACUCGUUUGACAGGACUAAGGAAAAGGAGCAUUCGCCUCAGCGGUGUUUUGUAUUUUAUUGUAUGCCUUAAGCCGCGAGAAAGAGACUGCAGCGAAGAAGUGUCCGAGUAGCCAAUGGCCCUCUUCUCGCUGUUUGGUGCUCGUCUGUCCCUGAGGCGAAGAUACUUUCUUCUGUUUUGCAUUGUUGUCGGGGCUGUAUUUUUUUAUCGGUCUACAAGGAAUCCACCUGAAGUAAAAAGAAUGAGCCGUUUGGAGGGUCUGAGGGCCAACUCCUCAGAGUUCACUCUGGAGGGGAAACCCUUCCGCAUCCUGGGAGGCUCUAUCCAUUACUUCCGUGUCCCCAGAGCCCACUGGGCGGAUCGGCUGCUGAAGCUGAAGGCCUGCGGCCUCAAUACUCUCACAACAUAUGUGCCAUGGAACCUGCAUGAGCCGCAGCGAGGCGUGUUCAACUUUGAGGAUGAGCUGGAUUUAGAAGCCUACCUCUACCUUGCAGCCAGCAUGGGCCUCUGGGUAAUCCUGCGUCCAGGGCCCUACAUCUGUGCUGAGUGGGAUUUAGGGGGACUGCCCAGUUGGUUGCUACGGGAUGAGCACAUGAAACUGAGAACAACGUACCCAGGAUUCACUAAUGCAGUCAACUCCUUUUUUGAUCAACUCAUUAAGAAAGUUGCCCCACACCAGUACUCCAAAGGUGGCCCAAUUAUCGCAGUUCAAGUGGAGAAUGAGUAUGGCGCCUAUAAUGCAGAUGAAGAAUACAUGCCAUUCAUCAAAGAGGCAUUAUUGUCAAGGGGCAUCACAGAGCUCCUAAUGACCUCUGAUGGGGAGGGACUAAAUCUUGGAGGAGUGAAAGGAGCACUGCAAACCAUGAAUUUCCAGAAACUGAACAUGGGUGGCAUUAAGUAUCUGGAUGAAACACAACCACAUCAGCCUAAAAUGGUGAUGGAGUACUGGUCUGGUUGGUUUGAUCUCUGGGGAGAACUUCAUCAUGUGUAUGCAGCUGAUGACAUGAUAAACGUGGUCUCAGAAAUCCUUAAACUGCAGAUGUCCAUCAAUCUCUACAUGUUUCAUGGAGGGACAAAUUUUGGCUUCAUGAAUGGGGCCUUUUCUGUCGGACUCCUAGCACCUAAAGCUAUGGUCACAAGCUACGAUUACGAUGCUCCAUUAUCCGAGGCUGGGGAUUACACCAACAAGUACCAUCUUCUGAGGAAUUUAUUCAGCCAGUUUCACACUCAGCCUCUUCCUGUACUGCCCCCUCACCGUGACAGGAAAGCGUACCAGCCUGUUCUCAUUCACCAGCACCUGUCUCUGUGGGACAGUCUGCAAUUCACUGACAAGCCUUUUCAUUCAGAGAAGCCGGUGAACAUGGAGAAUCUCCCUGUCAACAACAACAAUGGACAGUCCUAUGGCUACACACUGUAUGAGACCAACAUCAACAGUGGAGGAAUGCUUAAAUCAAAUAACAACAUCAGAGACAGAGCAUUGGUGUUUGUGGACAAACAUUUUGUUGGCGUUCUGGAUUAUAAAACACAAGAACUAGCAGUCCCUGAUGGGAAGGAACAAAGAACUCUAAGUUUACUGGUGGAGAACUGUGGAAGAGUGAAUUAUGGGAAGACCCUGGACGAGCAACGCAAAGGUCUGAUUGGAGAUAUCCAGUUAAACCAGCAGCUCCUUCGAGACUUCACUAUUCAUAGUCUGGACAUGAAUCCAGGCUUCAUUAACAGUCUCGAAAAGUCAGACCACUGGAAGUCUGUUCGUCAACAGUCCUCUGUUCCAGGGUUUUUCCAGACCAAAUUCUAUGUGAACAGCUUUCCCGAAGACACAUUCAUCAAACUCCCAGGAUGGACUAAAGGCGUCAUCUUCAUCAACGGCAAGAACCUUGGACGUUACUGGUCCAUCGGUCCACAGCAAACUCUCUAUGUACCAGGACCUUGGCUUCACAGGGGGGAUAACCAGGUCACAGUGUUUGAGGAGCAGGAAACCGAUGGGAAGAUCCAUUUCACCAGCACCCCUGACUAUGGCAUGGCUGUUGAUGUCAAGUGAGAACAAAUGGAAGGGUGGAGGAGGAGGAG